AUGAGUAGUGGAUCACGAAAUCGCUAUGGGAGACGUUCUUCAUAUCACCGUCCACACCAAACACAACCGUACGUUCAACAGCAUUACAGCCAAGAGCACAGAGGUGAGAAAAUGCCCAAUUUCCUCUUUUCACCAAGGAAUGUUAUUAAUGAUCCUUUCCUGAACGCAGAUUCAAUAAAACUUUCUCGCGUAAAUCAGCUACUUUCUCGGAUACGCGAUGAGAAUGAGUCAGUGUACGCCAGGCGCACUGCACACGUUAAUCAGCUUGUCUCUUUGUUAGGAGAACCUUCUACUCCUUGGGAAAAAACGCAGAUUUUUGAAAUGGUGACCGGAGGAUCCGAAAACUCGUCGGGUCUUGACGUCUUAUUUGAAGAUCAACGGCCACCAGCUACGUUUAAAUCAGCCGUAGCAAAAUGUCUGGCUCAGACUGCCGUAAUUAUGAAUAAUGAAAUUAAUUUGUACUUUCGUUGGGUGUUUGAUAAAUUACAUGUGACGGGAACGAGCUCUAGGGAAAGAGAAAAGAAGAUUUGGUUGUUAGUUUCGUUAAGAGAA